CGUGACCUCAUCCCUUGACGUCCUGGUCAGCUGACUGGUUUGUUUUUGCUGGUUAUGGUGGAAUCUCCAGGCGUAGCAACACGAAAGAAAAAAGAUCUGCAGUGUUGUUUUUGUUCCGAAAUCAGCUCUUAAAGACGUCAUAUAACAUCGUAUUUUAUUUUAAUUCGCCCGCUCCUUUGGCCUUAAUAGCUGUUUUCACCUCAGCCGAAAAAUAUGCCUUCAGAAAAGACCUUCAAACAAAGAAGGACGUUUGAACAAAGAGUGGAAGAUGUAAGACUCAUUCGAGAGCAACACCCGACCAAGAUCCCUGUGAUCAUUGAGAGGUACAAGGGGGAGAAGCAGCUGCCCAUCCUGGACAAAACUAAGUUCCUGGUUCCUGACCAUGUGAACAUGAGUGAGCUGAUCAAGAUAAUCAGGAGACGCCUGCAGCUUAACUCCAACCAGGCUUUCUUCCUCCUGGUGAACGGACACAGCAUGGUGAGCGUCUCCACGCCAAUCUCAGAGGUGUACGAGCGCGAGAAGGAUGAAGACGGCUUUCUCUACAUGGUCUAUGCAUCCCAGGAAACUUUUGGAGUUCAAUCCAGCUUGUAAAGCCAUUCAUGUUCUUGUGUCCUAAAUACAGCCACCCCCCCCCCCCCCUUCUUCCCCCCCCAAAAAAAUAUAUAUAUACAAAACAGAACAACCUUUACAAGGAAGGGAUGUCACUAAGCAACCGCUUUGAAAGAGAUCAGGCCUAUUGAAGUGGGCACUAGACUACCAGGGUUUAAGUAAAGGAUCAACAACAUUUUACUGUAAUCCCUGCAAAAGUACGAAUUAAGCUUGGUUUCAUGGAAAAGAAACACAAAGCAGAUCACACAUUCAGGCACCAUUUAAAAACUGUGGCAGCCCUUUCUUUCCUCCACACCCCACAUCCCCUCCAAAAAAAAAAAAAAUCAACUCAAUCCAACCCCUAAAACCAUAUAAGGCUAGUUCUCCUGAUCAGGAAAUACUGCUAUGUUUUUCUUUCCAGGGGUUGGAAUUUUGCUGAAGAUGAUUCUUUCGACUGCUUAACACAGUCUAUAAUGUAUUAAGCUCCAUGGAUUCUCUUCGUGGUACUGGCAAUAUUUGGGUUAAGUACAAUAUGUACCAUUUUUUAUUUUAAACUAUGAACAAAUAGGUGCCCCAUUAUUAAUUGUUCGGUUUUUUGUCUAACAUUUUAAUGGAUACCUUUUUUCUUUAUAGUUUUUAUUAUUACAUUGUAUUGCAUAUUUUCCUUUAGUCAAUCUGUUUUUAAGAUUCCUAAAUCAACAGAUGUGAAUUAGUUUCCUUUACUCUGUUAAUCGUUUUCUGGAAAACGAAUCACUGUUCUUGUGUAGCAAAGCAAACUGAGUAAUACAAUUAUGGUGUCACUUUUUUUGUUGUUGUUUUUUAUUUAAUAUAACUUUCGUGUCUGAUGUUAAAAAUAUCAAUCCUUUUUAAUGUGCAGAAUUAAGUUUCCAAAAGCCCAUCCUCUGCCAUACAUCAUACAUGGUAUUUGCUCUCCAUCUGCAUCACUAUUUAAUCUCCUGUUAUGUUAAAUUAAAAGCAAUGUACAAAUGGGUUUGUUUUAACAAAGAGUAAAACUUGUUAAUACCAAUAUUUUUUAACUAUCUUUUUUUUUUAUUUGCAUGUAUCUUGUUUUGUUAACAUUGCCUCAAUUUUUUGUUUAGUUUGUUGAAAAUGUUAAUCGUUUUUCUUCCUGUACAUUUAUUAGCUACGUUAUGGGUUGUUGCGAUUUGCAUCUUUUGUACAUUUGGGGAAAAAAAAAAAAAAAAGUUUGAUUGUGUUUGGUUGGAUUUUUCUGUCUGAGAAAUUAUUGAAUGUUUUCUGUAGCCGAGACUGAUGAGCAUUCUUGUAAAAGUAAAUAAACACUGUGUGAUCCUGAUGACAGUGGAGAUUUGUGUCUGUAAAGAAAAAUAUUCCACUGUAUAAAACUUUGCAUCCCAAAUUAAAUUAUUGCUGUACUGA